AUGCCAAUGGCGACGAAGGAGGAGCUUCUGUCUGAUGAUGUACAGAAGCCAGCGAGAUUUAGUAGAGUUCAAGUUGGAUGCCAUGAAAAUGGGAUGCUUUCGAGGGACUUCCUUAAUCUCUAUGCACAUCCUCUUCAUCAUUUUCUCAACUUAUGGCCUUCAAAUCCUCUCAAAUAUAGGGAAAAAAUGGGAAUGUAUGCUACAGAGGUUAGGAAAUUAGGCAUUGAGCUUUUUGGUGCCAUCAUGGAGAGCUUAAACUUGAGCCCAACACACUUAAAAACAAAAUUUCGAGCACGGCGCACAACUUAUCGGCAUAAAUUCCUAUCCUCCAUGCUCGGGAUCGAACGUAAAAGCAGGCACAUCUGCGCACACAGAUCACAGCAUUAUCACCCUUCUUCUUCAAAGUUCCCCGGGCCUCCAUAUCAUGGACAGGUUGGAUCAAGGAAUCACUUAGCAAUGCACUGGAUAUUAGGACAAGAAUCCGAAGACGGUGAUCGAGACGUACAGAUCGUUUUGAACGAUUCUGGUGUUCGAUUGGUCGAGGAUACAGUUGAAAUAAAAUUGGCUGAUUUUCUUGUUUUGGAGGAGAAGAAAGAAGCACAAGGUGAGGUUGUGUUUUGGGAUGAUGUUCUUGGUCACAAUAUUCAGCUCUCUUUGCUAUUUUAUGUCCAGGUGAAAAUUUAG